AUGUGGAAGAUAUCACGAGAAAAACUGUAUGAGUGCGUAAAUAUCAUCGUCCAAUCGUCUAAACAGGAGACAUCGAACAUACUGGACAUGAUUGAACUCCAAAUCACUCUGAAGAAUUUCGCCCCACUGAGGAACAGGCGUGUACAGGCGAAGAAAACCAGGCAGUCCGUGUCGAACCAACACCGUCAAAAGCUUAGAAGCUUGGGCUUGCCGGUCGCGCCCACUAAAGCCCGGAAGAAUCUAACCAGGAAUAAGAAGAUCAAGGUUCUAACCAGAAAAUACAAGGCGUUGCUCAGCUCUGAAACCUUUAUGCAGGACAUUCCGCGCCUACUGAAUUUCGGCACGAACGGAGAUGAUGCUCCGAUUAGCAGCGGUGGACCCGGGCAGUCAAAUGAAGGUUCCAACGACCGAAACAAGAAGCUCCUACGCCUUGCAAUAGUUGUUGGUCACGUCGAUAUGGCUCCAGAUGAGUUGGCACAAAAUUUGUACAGCUGCGUCAACUUAUUGAUCCCACUGUUGAAGAAACAAUGGCUGAACGUACGCCAUCUGCAUGUCAAGUCGACGUUGGGAGUGGCCCAGAAAUUAUACUAA